AUGAGUGAUUUCAUCGACUUUGAGGAAUUUAAGCAACCUGCGACCGCAUCUACCGCGAACGGGUUUGCACGAAUACUUGGGUUCGGUACGACGGUCCUAAAUUAUUAUAUCAAGGAUGUCGGGAACAUAACCACUCGGUUAUUUCCAGUCUACUAUAUACCUGACCUGAAUAUUUGCCUCAUGUCGCUCGGAGUUUUACUCCAGGAUAAACUAAAAGUGUCUGGCAAUGACCGACACAUAAGUCUCUAUGAAAAGGGAUUGCGCGAACCUUUAUUCAGGUUUUUACCGCGGCAGCCCGGUGACACUAUCUAUAGUGUCAGUACAAUUCCUGCACCGGAUGCGUACUCUAUAUUCCCAACGAUCUAUGCGGUCGAUUAUGGGAUUAUGCACCGUCGCAUGGGACACCCCUCUAAGGAAGUCCUGCGGCAAGCUAGGGAACACACCAAAGGUUUCCCCACCAACCUGGAGUUUCCAUCGGAAGACCCAGUUAUGCCCUGGAUAGGGGAGACUGUCAGUCUCGGUGACGAGGAAGACCUGGACCGCACUAUUGCGGAGGCUGCUGGCUUCGACCAGAAAGCCUUUAUUGACGAGCACUACUCGGCAGCGUAG